GACUGUCGGACUUGCUUGACAUCCUGUACUUCAGAGCAGGCGUAGUUAGUGCAUUCCGUGUGCUUUAAACAUUGCUUUUACCAGUAUGUCCGACUUCGUUAUUUUACUGUUGAUUCUACUUCUGUUCCUGUGUCUGAUCGUGACCGUUGUGGGGUUCGUACUGUACUCAGGACUGCUUUCUGGGGUAGUAAUCCGAACAGGAGCUCCUCCGGUGAAGAAGAUCACUAUUGCCUACAAGUUCCAAAAGGGUUCAUACAGAAAUUGUGGACCUGCUUUCACUGACAGCUGCAGCAUCGGUCCAAAACUGUCAUCUAUUGGGAUCUUCUACGACAAUCCGAAUGUGACGCCGGCUGAUGAGUGCCGGUACGCCGUGGGCAGCGUCCUGAGUGAGGGAGAGGAGGAGCCGGACUCCGCCCUGCAGGCUCUGUAUGAGAAGUUUGGAUACAAGAUCAUCUCUCUGCCCGAAGUCCCUCAUGCCGUGACCACCAGUUUUCCCAACAGAAGCCCCGUGUCACCCAUUUUCGGGGCGUACAGGGUGUACCCAGAGCUCAACGAUUACGUCACGGUGAGAAGGCUGGCUGCUUACCCGUUCCUGGAGAUCUGUAAGGGGGAUGUGAUUUACUAUAUGUGUCCGCUGUCAAGCCAGAAUGACUUCAUCGUGCCUGAGGCUGAGGAGGAGAAGAAAAAGAGGGAUGGAGAGAGGGAAGAGGAUAGAGACACUGAUGACAUGGCAACAGUGACAGGUGCGGACUCUGAGACCGGCUCCGGUCCGGUGGCUCGACCGGUCAUCCCCGAGAGCAGUGAGGCGUGCCUGACUUCAUCCAGACUGCCUGACCCUCCUCAUCCUCAACCAGAGCUGCCACAGGCUGACGGAGAGGAGGAACAAGAGGAGGGAGACCAUGGCUCCAAAAGCUCCGCCGAUUCUGUGGCCAGCGGCUCCUCUUUUGAAGAGCUGGACAUGGAUGUUGAGGAAGAGGAGAAUGAAACGGAGGAGAGGAACGUAAGGGAUGAAGACUCCCAGGAGCAGGAUGAAACCGACCAGCCAUCUCCAUCUGAGCCUAGAAUGAAGCCAGAGCCUACACAGGAAGGGCAAGAGUAGAAAAUGAAUGAAGCGUGUCUGUGUGUCUGUGUUGAAAUAACUUUCGUUCCUUUCGUAACUGCCAAUACUCCAGUUCAUCUGUUGAUUUUUGAGUAUGAUCUGUGUUAAAGAAUUAAAAAAUGAAAAGACCAAAAGCACAGUUUAACAACGUGUAAAGACAAACUCACUACAGACCCAGUGCAGAUGGUAGAACAUCAGAGUGGGGCCCUG